AUAAUGGAAACUGCGCAUGCGCUGAGAUCAGACUAUCCACGCGGUGAAAGAUAUCCAUAAAACAUAACCUGCGUCAAAGUUUCUAAAGAAAUACUGAUCAAAGUAAAAACGUAAAAAUGUAUUUGAUGUAUUAUCUAAACGAAAAUGGAGAUCGAGUAUAUACUUUGAAGAAAAUGGAUCCAAAUGGGAAACCUACGUUAUCAGCACAUCCAGCUCGAUUUUCUCCAGAAGAUAAAUAUUCAAGAGAAAGGAUAACGCUAAAAAGAAGAUUUGGCUUGUUGCUUACACAGCAACCAUUACCUACUUACUAAUAUUCUCUUGUAUUUAUGAGCAACUGUUUCUAUUUUGUACAAAAAUGAAAUUAAAUAUAUCAUUAUAAUAUACAUAAA